AUUUUGAGUGGCAAUGAUAUGUUUUUUUAGAAUUUCGAUUCGAUGAUAUCGAUAUGCUGUAGGCUGAAGUUUUUCUUUCUAAAAUAUACGUAAUUUUUAAUGAUUGUAUGAAUGCCGAAUUGUGUUUUUUUGACAACGCAUUUUCUCACUCUUAAUAAAUAUUUGUAAUUUUUCACUUUUCCUCUAGCUUAUAAACUUUUGAAACUAUUAUAGUUAUUUCAGAUCUAGACUGUCAGAGACGUCAGAUAAACAAAUAUACUUUAAAAGGACGUGGCAGUGAUGUUCUGUAGUUUUUGAAAAGGAUAUAUUGUUUACUUUAAGGGUUUAUUUAACAUAAUAAUAAAAUGGGACUUACAAUUUCUAGUAUUUUUACUCGCCUUUUUGGAAAAAAGCAAGUCAGAAUUUUGAUGGUUGGUCUUGAUGCAGCUGGCAAAACAACAAUCUUGUAUAAGUUGAAAUUGGGAGAGAUAGUUACAACAAUUCCUACAAUAGGGUUUAAUGUGGAGACUGUUGAAUAUAAGAAUAUUUGUUUCACUGUUUGGGAUGUUGGUGGACAAGAUAAAAUAAGACCAUUAUGGAGACAUUAUUUUCAGAAUACGGAGGGCCUAAUAUUUGUUGUGGAUAGUAAUGAUAGAGACAGAAUAGCUGAAGCACAGGAUGAACUGUCUAAAAUGCUGAAAGAGGAUGAACUUUCUGAAGCUGUGUUACUUAUCUUCGCAAAUAAACAAGAUUUACCCAAUGCAAUGUCUGCUGGUGAACUCACUGAAAAACUAGGUCUUAAUUCACUUAGAAAUCGAAGAUGGUACAUUCAAGCAACUUGUGCUACACAAGGCGAUGGCCUUUAUGAAGGAUUGGAUUGGUUAUCUAGUGAACUUGCAAAAAAUUCUUAAACAAGCAUGUUUAAACAAGUCUCUCCAUUGAAUUGUAUAUUGUUAUAGCACUUUUGAUUGGUGCCUCUUAUAAUAGUCUUAAUUUCAGAAUUUAUUUUUGCAUAUCCAUAGAUUAAAUCAUUACCUACUAAAAGUCUGCUUUAUUUUUCUUUCUGCAUCUUUGCUCUUUCUGGCACCAUUACAAAUUGUGACCUCUUUAGCUUUAUUUUUAAUUGUAUUAAAUAUUUGUGGUGGUAGGAUUAUUGCUUAGGCCAGUUUGAAAUUAAGAAUUCAUCUAUAUAUUUAAACUAUGUCUUAAGUAUACUGCACUAUUGUGAUGAUUUAUGAAUGAAACUUUAUAAUAUAUGUUAAUAAGUUUUGUUUUUGGAGGAGGCUUUUUCUAUGUUUUGAUUGUGAAUUUGCAUUUUUAUUUUCUGUAGGACUAUCUAUUUUUUUUUCUCUCAUUAAAAUACAAUUAGUGUGAUAAUAUUCUAUUUAUUCCAGUUGGCAUUGUGGUGUUUUUGAAAAAUAUUUUUAUUAGAUAUCGUGGAUGCAUUUUAUACCAAAAAGUUUUAUUUCAUAUUUUCAUUGCUUGUAUCUGAUAUAAUUGAACUUAGACGGUAUAUUUGAAAAGUUGGGAGGACGAUCUCAUAAAAUAAAAGAAGCUAAUUGCUUUUACUGUCAUUGGAAACUAAUUAAGUGAUGGCUAUUAGCUGCUACACAAUUUUUUUUUUUGAAACAUCAUUGCCAUGCUUCGUUGUCAUUUUUGACAUUGUUUGCACUAUAUUGAAAAAUAUCUUCCUUUUUCAGUCCUAAAGCAGGUAACUUUUUGUGUACUGCUAGCACACCCUACAUUUUCCCUGACAUUUUUUAUGUGUCUCUUUUGAUGAUUUGCUUACUCUGAAACGAAUGUUGAUUCCAGUUUGAAAUGUUCCUGUUUAAAAUGACACUCCCCUUACAUUGAUUGCAUUAAAUUAAUCCACUUCAGCCUGUCAUGAUUGCCAUGUUUUUGUUCACUGUUUGUGUGAGCACAAAUUUCUGUAGUGGAUUUUGACUACUUUUUUUUGGUUUAUUGGUUUAAUAAAUAAUUUUACUGAUUUCUCUUCAUUUUAUAUUAGAAAAUUCUCUAAAAUUUGAAAAGUGAUAGCAAAAAAAGAAAAAAAUUCCUAUAAAAGUAAAAUUUUUGCUCCGUUUAUUUUGUUUGAAUAAGAGCUACCACUGAACAAAUAAGUAAGCCUCAUUAAUAGUAAUUUAUAUAAAGCUUUUUUAUUUUAAUAUGUUCUAAAUUUUUCAGUUUUUGUUUUUUUAAAAUUCAGAACUCUUUAUUUUGUAAUUGAAAAAUUUGUUAUUCUAAAAUGAAUUCGUUAUUAUUCAAAAAUAUAAGAUAUUUUUUUUUAUUUUUAUUAAAAUGUAUUUGCCAAUCAUAAAUUGAAGAUGUUAUGGUUAAUUAAAAUUUACAGUUAUUAGUGUCAAAAAUUUCUACAAUUCCUUUAGUCUAAAAUAUCCUUGAUAUUAUUUGAAUGUUAGCAUGAAUUUAAUAUUUUUCAUAAAUUAUACUGGAUAUUUUUCGCUUCAUGUUAGCAGAUAUUACCUCCUAAAAAGCACAAUUAUUCAACUAUGGGACCAUUCACCAAACUUUUCAAAUCCACAUUUUCGUGUGGUUCGAGUAAAAAAUUAAGCUAUUUCAUGUUUAUAUUUAGAUCCUUUUACAGAAGUAUUUAUUGAUUUGUAUACUUUGAUUUUCUUACUCAUUCGUAGAUAAUUUCUAGCAUAUUUUUUAAGCAUUUUUCUCUUUGAUCAGACUUACAAUAAAACAUGAACUUUUUCUAAUUGAACUUUUAUCAUGCUAUGCAAUCAUUAUUUUUAUAUUUGUUUGAAAAUAACAUAAAAUAACUGGUAAAUUUCCUUUUAAAUUUUUGAACUGUAAAAAGUUUUUUCAUUUAUAUAAGUCAAAAAUUAUAUUAAAUUUAUUAAAAUAUUUAAUUUUAUUUUUACAUGCUUUUAAUCAGAAUUUUAUGAAGAAAAAAAUAAGUACCUCUGGUGAUUGCUUGAAUGAAUGAUUCAUUUAUUAAUUUUUAAACAAUAUUUUAAUACAAAAAUAUCAACUGGCAUCUAAAAGAUUUUUUUAUUGUUUAUAAACUAUAUGUUCUGAAUUCAAUGUUUUAUGCUAAUUAUGUGCUUUUAUAAUUUACUAGUUCAUUGAGCAUUAAAUAUUAGUAUAGCAAAACCUCCAAUUUCUUGUUUUGAGGGAACACUAUUUUUUAUUCUUUUAUUUUUUGACUGCAAAAUACAUGUUAUUAAAGCAGUUAAUAAACAAUAUGCUGUAGUUUUUACAUUAGAUACUAUCUUUCUUUUCAUAUGUGACUUCAGUUUCAUAAAAUGUUUUGAUAUCUGUUCAUAUUGUAAAAUAAAAAUAAAUUUUGAAAAUA